GAGUUAACCAAUGAGCUAAGUACAUUAAACGAAACACUCAAAGAGCAGAUAGAUGAGUUAUCUGAAAAAAAUGAGACCAUCCAAAUUGAAUUAGAUGAGAAAACAAGAUUAUAUGGGCAAGUUCAAGACUGGUUGGAUGAAUGUCGAGAGGAAUGCUAUCAAAUAAGAGAAUCUUUGGAAGGGGUGCAUGAAGAUAUUUCAGAAAGUGAGUUUGCAUAUGACGAGUUAAAACAGAAAUUGCGCAUCUUAGGAUUAACCCAUAUCGCAUGGCGAGCUCGCAAUCUAAGGCAGGCUCAAAUUUUAAAUGUGGAAUUUAAUACAGCAAGAACCACUUGGAGGAAUCAAAGAGGUAGAAAUCGGCAUAUUGCUCAAGAAUUGCAAAAUUGUCGGGAGCAUGGUAGGAAUUUACAAAAUUAUAAGUUAUCAGUGGAACUGGCAUGGUCAAUAUUAACUAAUAUCGAACUACUGCUGGGAACCUUUCCCUUAAGCGUUCUAAUUGUUUCUAUUUGUUCAGAAAUGGAGAAUAUUAUCGAAAGCAGAUAUAUAAAAAUAAUUACUCUACAAUCACCAAGGCGUUAA